UGAGGGUCUGUCAGUCCCUGCUUUGCCAUGAGUACCUUCCCAGGCUUCCACACUGACCCUUAUACGGAGCAGGUUACUUUCGUCUGGCAUGUUACAAAGUACAAAUUUAAUAAUGUAAGACUCGUCGUGGCAAAAAUUGUUAAAGAUUUAGAAAUAUUUUAUGCUUUCUCAUAGUUCAGUAAGUAGCAGUCCAAAUUAGGUUUCUAAAUACAAUAAUUUUUAAAAAAGGAAAAAUGCGGGGAUUUAUCCUGUAGCCUUAACAAAGUGGCAUUUUUAACCUUCAAAUACAUACAAAUUAUUUUUCUUCUGAACAUCACGUUCUGCUGAGAACAUUCUUGCUUUAAAAUCACCUCGAUUCGUACAAGUUGCCCAAGGGCUUGGGCAGAGGCUGGGGACGCUGGUGUCCCUGGGGACAGGGUGUUUCCGUGGGCAGGCUCCUGGGGGACAGAGCUGGCAGCGGUGCCGGGCUGUGCGGGCACGGCUGCCUCGCCUGGCUGCCGGCCUUCCCGCUUCCCAGGCGCGAAGGCGGCAACUGCUGCAAGUAGGAGCUGGCACGUUGGGAGUGAUGGAAUUCAAGGAAACAAAUACCGGGGGAGAGCUGUGAGACAGUGAUUUUUAAGGCUGACAUAGAUCUUUGUUGCAAUUCGGGGCAGCUUUUGUACAGUUGGAGCAUCUGGUUGUUAACUCCUCUCUUUGUCCCCUUACUCCUCAGUUUGUGGAGUAAGGAAUCACAUAGUUGUGAUUUUAAAAUGCGGGGCUGUGUUUUCCUGUGCCUUCCUAUGCGAGAUGUGGGAAAAUGGCUUUUCUGGCGCAUUCCUCAUUCCCUUUUUAUAAUUGGCUUCUGGAGAUUAAAGAACAGAAUGGGGUUGUGUGCUGCUUUUAUUGUGCUCCUCUGCGGUCAGUCUUGGGCAGAUCUUGACCAUCUCCUUCCUUCUGACUUUCAUUUGUGUUAAUCCAGUGGAGCCUUUGGCUUCCUGAGGGCGUCACAAAGCCAGGCAGUGUCCCUCAUUCAUACCUUAUGCUCUGCAGCUCCAUAUGUUCGUAGUUGAAUCUUGUGACAGCCACUACAAUAAAACCCGACCCUGUCAGCCUGAGACACCGAUCCGCUGUUUUAGCUGCUGCUGCUCCUCAGUUCCUGCUGGCAGGAUCCCCAGGCUGGGCAGCAGCCAGCAAUAGCUGCAGGAGGGGCUUUUCUUGCUCGUAAAGAUUUGUGCAUCCCUUUUCAUUGUCUGCAGCUCUGUCUCUGCCUGGCACCUGUGGAGGACAGUAAUGCACCUUUACAAACCUAGGUCCUGAGCCUUAGUCUGAGAAGCCCCAGACGUGAGGCUGUCUCUGCUCUCCUGGGGACGAGGGGACGACCUGUUAGAAGUAAACGUGGUUCUGAUUUCCUCAGAAGAAGCACAAAAGGAGAUGUUCUGUUCUUUGAAAAUAACUGGAGCCACUGGCAAGAAGCAGCGACACUGCAUCGAACAAGGGAACCGCUUCCAGGUUAUCAAAACAUGCUGUUGAACUGAAUUUUGCAGCUGCAUUUUCCAAUGUACCAUGGGAUGCAUCAAAUCCAAGGCUGCCUUCCAAGGUUCCAACACUGUCCAGGAUGAGAGGAUCGGGGGAGGUGGCGAGGGGUGCACUGGGGAGAAGUCGUCGCUGCUGGCGGUGAAGGCGGAGGAGAAGGCCCCCUCGAGCACCAUCGUGCUGGACUACGCACACCGGCUGUCGCGCGAGAUCCUGGAGCAGGCGGUCAAGCAGUGGGCAGUGACCGAGAGCAAGUACAGCGACAUCCCCUUCAUCGAGAGCGACGUGCCCUGAGCCCUGCCGGGGCCUGGCCCGUCCGGGAGCGCUCUGUGCGGGCUGCCGGCGCACAUAAAGCACCCCCAGCUGUCCUCGGAGCAUCCCUGCGGGGAGGUGUCUGCAGGGAGAGCCUGAGAGAAUUUGCCUUUUAACGCAGGUUGCUAACAAACUAACUGGAUCCCAGUAGAACCCGUUCAUCAAGUGUCAUUCAUUGUCAGCUGUAUGUUGAGUAUAUUCUGUCUUUGUAUGUGUUGGAUGUGACCAGAAGUUAGCAUUAAAAAGAGGAUGAGAAGACUGUGGCUGCCCUGCACCUCUACAAGCACUGCCACAGAGGACAAAACAUGGAUUACUUCUAUGUUCUGCAUUAAAAAUCAGUGGUCUGUAGGUGAGAUGAACUCUCCAUACUUGGUGAAUUUGUCUGCAUUUUGCUAAAGUGAAAUCAAGGUCUGCAUGUAGCAAAGGUUACUGCUGUCAUGAAUUUUACUUUUGAUUCUAUGACCUGACUAAAUCUGUAAAACCGCUAGAUAAUGAAGGUGAUGAGAGCGCUAUGUAAACCCCAGUAGUAUUCAGGGAGCCAUUUGGAUGAUGAUGCUAUUUACCUUCCAUUGAAGUGAACCAGUGAGAAACAUGCCCGUGUCGAUAAGCAGUGCAUUAUCAUUAACAGAUGCUUCUGUAAAUGCAUGAAAGCUUGUCUCUAAAACCCUGCAGUAAGACAGGUUAAUGACAUCUGGUCGCUGUGUUCAGACCAAAGCUGUUUGGUUUUUUGGUUUUGUUUGGGGUUUUUUUUUGUGUUAGGGUGCUGGUUUGGGAGGAUUUGGUUUUGUUGUUUUACUGUAACCUAGAAAGAUGUGCAAAAACUACUGAUGAUAACUAGUGAAAGGAACAUUUAAAGGUGUGGCAAUGCUUUAGGACAAUUUGUUUCAUGGGAACUGUGGCUGCAUUACACUGAAAUUACUCUCUGAAGUACCACCCUUGGGACAGGAUGUCUUCCUUCCGCUUCUGUAGGCUGCUGCUUUCCCAUUGGAAAACCUGUUCAUGGUAAUGCCAGCGGGAGUCACAGGAGCCCCAGCCCUGAGCAGUGCUCUGAAUGCAGAGUUAGGGACUAAGCCUUAGGCCAGAGUUCAAAGGCUGCAUUUCUUCCCCAGUGCAUCCACACGUUGCUCCCUGCUUGCCCAGGACUCGCAGCCUGAGCCACUGCACUCACAGCUGGCAUUCCACAGAUCUGGACACGGAUGGAUUGUUCCUAUUCAUCCCAAAGGUACAAUGUUGCUGACGUUUUAUACAAAGUGAAGGCCUUCUAACAGCUUGGCUUUUACCACCUGUUUGUUCCUGUUUCUGUGAUGCCCAGUUUAAAAGAUACAGGUUUUUUCCUAGAUCAGAAUGCUUUCCAUUUUGUUUUCAUUUUAUAGACAGAUGCUUUCCAUACUGGCUAAAGCUGUUACUAUUUUUAAAAGGUACACAUAGUUCUAGUAAAUGAUCCAAAGCAUGAUUUUUCAAGCAAUGGGAAGCAAGCAGAAAGAGGACCGUGUCAAAUGCUGGUUUUAGUUCAUUCUCUGACGUGACAGUCUAUGAAUUGAGCUGUUUUGCAAAUGUUGUGACACAAACUUAGGUAUUUGAAAUUCACCUAUACGAGGAUGUGGUUUUAUCAGGAAUAAAGGGUGAAAAAUGCUUUUCUGUGACACAGCACAAGGCUGCCAUUAAAUCCAAGUAAUCAGACUGGAUUCCCAGUGACCUGCUAUUAAGGCUGUUCUCAGGCCUUUGCUGGAAAAGGGAACAAAAUCAGCUUAUGCUGUAAUGUCAUCGUCUUUGAAGUUACGCAGUCAUCUUCAAAGCCCUGUGCAAAGUGGGACUAAGGUUUUAUGGUUCACUUAAAUUCUCCUGCUAACAGUGACGUUCCUUCAAGUUUUACAGCAUAUAAAACAUUAGGUCAUACUCUGUUUGCUCUAAAAUACCUCCAUAUAUUAGUGUUAGAAAGCAAAGGAAGCCAAAACACUGAUCAAGUCAGUACAUAUCAGUUGGAUAUUGCUUAACCACAGUAUUAAAAAAAAUUCCUAUUCUUACUCUAGAUAAAAUAAAGUUUUAUUACAAAAAAGAAAAAAGGGCCAACCUUUCUAACAUGAGUGUGGGCUCGAGAAUGUUAACACUUGUAACUACAGAAAUUUAAAAAAAAGCCAAAGCUCCACAGCCAUUGUUGGCCAGACAGGUGAGGAGCAGGUAGAAAACUGCACUCACUGUCAGAGCACCUCGAGGUGGAUCUGCCCCACCCUUUUACAAGGCACCCUGGCGGUUGCCACAGGCAGUGGGGUGUUGCAGUGCUUCCUGUUGCCAUGUCUCAAAUCCUUCCUCUGGAUGUAGCCUUAGCAUCUGACACUCUUCAGGAAUAUCAGAUACACUUCUGAAAGCAGCUCCCCUUUGGCAGGCUGCCACCGCCCGGUCCAACAGCAGGCAGAGUUACCCAAGAGCCAAAGGUUCCACCACAGCAUCUGCUGUGAUCAGCACUUGGAAUUUCCCCAGAGGAGGUGACCCAGGCACACUGACCGUGCCCAGGACUGCUCCCCUGGGGAGGAGCUGCUGUGUGGGGCGCCUGCCCUGCCUGCCCCAAGAGCUGCCCACGGGGUGACUCAGCACCAGCUGCUUGGUGGCCCAACCAGUCCCUCACCUGCAGCCACCAACCUCGGCCCUCACUGGUGCCUGAAGAUUCCAGCAGCUUCAGCAUGGCCCCAAGUGCAAUUCCAGCUGCUUUACGAUGCUUUCCGUGACACUGGCACUUCAGGGACGGCACGCAGCAAAUGGAAAGCAAACAAGCUUGCAAACAACAGGGAGACGGCUUCUCACCAGGAAAAUCAUCUCUUUUACAGGAAGCUGUCCUUAUAAAUAAUGCACUUACCCUUAAUAGAAAAUAAAUCUGUUCAGUGCUACAGUCUGGUAAGAGAUUGAGGGAGAUCUCUCUCCAGAGCUCUGCUGUACAUUUAAUAGGCACAAUUCUAAUAUAUUGUAAAAAUAAAGACUUCUUCACCUAAAUAAAUUUAUGCUAAGCUGUGCUAGACUUUCACAGAGCCACUGACAGUGGGUUUCCAGCUAAGUUGCCAUUGAUUCUUUGACUUGAUUUUGUGUAAUAAAGGCACUCCAGUUUGGGACUGGCAUACUCUGCAAAACUGUUUACUUCUAUUUAGGAGUUAAAAAUACAUUUGCUUUAUAUUUUCUCCAGGAAACAAGAUAAAUCUGAGUGCAUAUGAUGUGACUGACUUGAUAUUCUAAUAAUGGUUCAGAAUACAUUAACUGCAGCACAACUUUGUAAAGGUGAUGUUUCUGGAGUAAGGCACAUCAGUAUUCCCAAAUAAGACACACUACAAUAUAUUUUUACAAUAUUUUUUGUGGAAAAUAUUUUCUUGUGGACCAAAUAAAAUUCAACUUACCA